GUGGGCACUGAUGGGCACAGGUGGGUGGCACUGAUUGGCACAGGUGGGCGGCACUUCUGGGCACAGUUGGGUGGCACUAAUGGGCACAGGUGGGCGGAACUGGUGGGUGGCACUGCUGGGCACCCAUCAUUAGGGCACUGAUUAUCAGGGCCCUAAUGAGCUGAUCACGUGAUGUGGUGAAAGGCCGAUCCCACCAGCCUUUUAUCACGUGAUCAGCGGUGUCCAAUGACACGCUGAUCACAGGGAAAUGCAAGUGCCGGUUCUCGGCUGCACUUUCCUCACGCUGUCAGAUCGUGAGGAAAGUACUGCCGAGAACCGGCAGUUG